ACAACAAAAAUUCGUGGCAGAAGCACAAACUGCUAAUACCUCAUAAAGUCAUAAUCAAACAGAACUAGGAAGAACGCCCUACCAACCACCUUAAUCUCCCUUCUUUCAUUUCAGAAUGGGCAGGUCCUUGAUCUUCUCUACUAACUUCGCUCUGAGAUUUUCUCAAAAACCCAGAUCAAUUUUACCCCCUAGUUUACUAAGUCAGUCUAUUCCCCUCAACUCUAAGCUGCAAUUGCAAAAUGGGUCUCAAAGAUUUGGACUUCCAAUUCCCAAACCAGCAAGAACUCUCUGCACGAAAGCUGUGCUAUCUGAAAUCCCAAAUCAGAAGCAGUAUGUGAAAGUGGGGGCCCAAUCAACCGGGCACAUCCCAGCUAGUCAGCUCAUUGAAGUGGUUGAGAAGGCUGCUAAGACUGGUGCUGAGGUUGUGAUGGAUGCUGUUAAUAAGCCUCGGAAUGUUACCUAUAAAGGACUUACUGACCUGGUUACUGACACAGAUAAAAAAAGUGAAGCAGCAAUCUUGGAAGUUGUGAAAGAGAACUUUGGAGAUCACCUUAUUCUUGGAGAGGAAGGUGGAAUUAUUGGAGAUACAUCAUCUGAUUACCUGUGGUGCAUUGAUCCAUUAGAUGGAACGACAAAUUUUGCACAUGGUUACCCUAGCUUUGCAGUUUCUGUGGGAGUCCUAUUUCGAGGAAAACCUGCUGCUGCUGCUGUUGUAGAGUUUGUUGGAGGCCCAAUGUGUUGGAAUACUCGCAUCUUUUCUGCUAGUGCAGGUGGGGGAGCAUUUUGUAACGGCCAAAAGAUUCAUGCGAGUCAAACGGAUAAGGUGGAACGAUCUCUUCUUGUUACUGGGUUUGGUUAUGAACACGAUGAUCCAUGGGCCACCAACAUAGAACUAUUCAAAGAGUUCACUGACGUCAGCAGGGGUGUCAGAAGGCUCGGUGCUGCUGCAGUAGACAUGUGCCAUGUAGCUCUUGGGAUCGUAGAAGCAUACUGGGAAUAUCGACUAAAGCCAUGGGAUAUGGCUGCUGGUGUUUUGAUAGUUGAGGAAGCUGGAGGAGUGGUUACCUGCAUGGAUGGUGGAAAAUUUUGUAUAUUUGAUAGAUCUGUUCUGGUAUCAAAUGGAGUGCUGCAUGACAAGCUUUUGGAGAGGAUUGCACCAGCAACUGAGAAUUUGAAGAGCAAAAAAAUUGAUUUCUCUUUGUGGUAUAAGCCUGAAAAUUACAGGACAGAACUUUGAGGCUCGUGAGUAUUACUUAACUUUCUUUGGCCAAGACUGCUGGAAGCAUAAGAAAGGUGAUAUCUCCUGUCCGGUAACUCUUUGUGUUAUCAUUUGAAG